GUGUGGAGUGGAUGACGUAAGGGAAGAGGAAGAGGAAUAAAAGUGUGACAAAUUAAAAAAGAAAAUAUUUUUUUUAUUAAUUUGAAACAAUGAGUGACGUGGAUAAAUGGAUUGAGAUUGCUAAAAGAUGUAAAUAUCUUCCCGAAGAUGAUUUACGUGAGCUGUGCAAUAUUGUUUGUGAUUUACUAUUAGAAGAACCGAAUGUGCAACCGGUUCAAACCCCUGUUACUGUUUGUGGCGACAUACAUGGACAGUUCUAUGAUUUAGAAGAACUUUUCCACAUCGGUGGUCAAGUACCACACACAAAAUACAUCUUCAUGGGAGACUAUGUGGACCGUGGUUAUUACAGUUUAGAAACAUUAACAUUGCUUAUGGCAUUAAAGGCUAGGUAUCCAGACAGAAUUGUCUUGUUACGAGGUAACCAUGAAACAUGUCAAAUCACAAAAGUAUAUGGAUUUUAUGAUGAAUGUCUCAACAAAUAUGGAAAUGCAAAUGCUUGGAAAGACUGUUGUCGAGUGUUCGACCUUCUAACAGUUGCAGCUUUGAUAGAUGAAACAGUUUUGUGUGUACAUGGUGGUCUUUCUCCUGAAAUAUCAAUGUUAGACCAAAUUCGUUGUAUAGACAGGAAUCAACAAAUUCCUCAUAAAGGAGCAUUCUGUGAUUUACUUUGGUCUGAUCCUGCUGACCUUAAGAUGUGGUCAGUGAGCCCUCGAGGUGCAGGAUGGCUAUUUGGUAGCUUUGUAACAGAACUUUUUAUGGAUUACAACAAUCUAACUUUAAUAUGUCGAGCACAUCAACUUGUGCAUGAAGGUUACAAAUAUAUGUUCGAUAAGCGGCUGGUCACGGUAUGGUCGGCGCCAAAUUAUUGCUAUCGUUGUGGUAACGUUGCCUCUAUAUUGGAAUUUCAAACUGUGAAUGAUAGAAAUGCUAAACUAUUUUAUGCUGUCCCAGACAGCGAGCGAGAAGUCCCUCCACAGCACACUACACCUUAUUUCCUAUAAGUAUUAUUUGUACGCAAAAGUGAUAGCAGAACAAACAGAAAGAUGAAAAGUAUUUCCAAAUGUAAUGUAUAAUGUAUGUAAUUAUAUGAAUAUUUUAUACAAUAAACUGUUGCAAAUU